AUGGCGAUCAAAGAACAAAAACUGAUUCCAACUCUACAUGAAGAAACUGUGACACAGAACAAAGUGACGACGAUGAAGAAUAACAAGCAGAAAAUUGGCAAUGGUAAUUCAUCAGAAGGACUCAGUAAUUCUCUUCCUCAUCUUUCUCAUGAUAUUAUUAUUUAUGGUAUCUUAACAAGAGUGCCUAUUGAUAGUUUAAUGAUAUUCAGAUGUGUAUGCAAAUCAUGGUCUAAUUUAAUCAUUAGUGAUUCUGAAUUUAUCAAUUUAUGUCGAACUUAUAGUAACCGUGGAUUGAUCUGGAUUUCUGAAAACUAUGCUGAGAAUGAUGAUGAUCUUGAUAGAGAAGCUGGUCUUGUCAAAUCUAAUGUUAUUGUUUUUUAUGAUAUUGAUAAGAAAGAGAAGAAGGUUUUCCAAUUUAGGCCAGAAUCUGGUUUGUUAGCUUAUGAUUCAAUUAUGGGAAAGUUCAAGGUUCUUUGUCUUUGUUUUAGUGAUCGUAAACAAAAGGACAACUAUUCUUUCAAGAUCGUUACUCUAGGCGUCGAAAGUGAAACAUGGAGAGAUUUGGUUGUUCCGAAAUCGUGUCCUCGUUUACUUGAUGAUUAUUUACCGAUGUUUUCUAGUGGGUCAUUGUAUUGGUUGACUCAUCAAAGGAAUGAGAUUAAUUUAAGCGAUAAUCAGAGAAACAUACUUGCUUUUGAUGUUAGUAGAGAAAUAUUUUACGGAAUAAUGUAUCCAAAAGGAGCUUUGAAUGAUUGUAAACUACUUGAGAUGGAUGGAUCACUCUGCUUCCUUGAUUAUGAGUCCACGGAGAAGUUGAGGUUAUGGGUUUUGAAGGAGGGUAAGGAAAAGAAUAAUCAACAUCGAUAA